CAAUUUGAUAGUGGACUUUCAGUGUUCUUUUUAGCAGGUUCUGAGUUUUGAUGGUAUUAUAAUUCCCAUUUUUCAGCAAUGGCUGAUUCUGAGAGACGAAGCCCAACCCCCUCAACUUCUGAAAUAAAAACGUCGAAUGAAGACGACAAAAGCUUUCAACCCCCGUCAAACGACAAAAAAGAGCCGACGACCAUCGCCAAGGACCCCAAAGAAGACUGUACUGAUGUGCUUGCAUUUUUGGGUUUUGGGAAAUUCAGCGGCGGAGCAUAUUACAACAAAUACGGACACAAAGUCGAAGCAGAAAUCCGAGAGAGCUGUGGUAGCGACGACGAUUUGAAAAUUAUACAAGAAGCCAAACUCCUCUCUCAGUUGGAUCAUGAAAAUAUCAUAAAGAUACUGGCCUUCGAUAAAACGGGGCCGAGAUUCGCUAUGGAGAGUACGACGCUGGGUAAUAUAAAUUUGGCUCUGGAGACGUAUAAUUUUACCAGCAAGAGUAUACUCAGCUUGCUGAAAUGCGUGACUUCCGCCAUGGUGUAUAUCUCGCAAAGACAAUACGUACUCAGGAAUUUAAGGAGCGAAAAUAUCUAUCUCAGCUCACCCAGCAACUGCAAGAUCGGCAACUUUCGUUAUUGUCAGUAUGUGGGGGACACCGAUGGAAUUUACGUAGAUCAGGACGGCGCUUUGGUUUGGGAGUACUCGGCGCCCGAGGUGAAGAAAGAAAAACGAUUUUCGACAAAAUCGGACGUGUGGGACUUGGCCCUGUUGGGAUGCGAACUGUACAAUGUGGACCCCGAAAUAGCGUCGAGGUUUGCCAUGCCCCCUGGAUCUACCCGACGACUCUUUCUGGACAGGUUUAUGUUCGAGGUUGAUAUGCCUCCUCUACCUCUGAAGUGCCCCUUUCCGUUGUGGUAUUAUCUCGAAAAUAUUACGGAUCAUGAUCCCAAUGAGCGUCCGCCGUUUCCGGAAAUCUUGCAGGAAUUACGGGAGUACGACGAUUGGCAAAUCAGUUAGGAUGUUCCCACAUUUUUAUAUUUAAGCGUAAAUAUUG